ACCAGUUCACAUAAAGUCGAAUGGCUGCACUGAUAAGAACUAUCAUUCGCAAUUUGCGAGUCGCAAAUAGUUUUCAAGUUUAGAGGUGGCUGUACUGACUAUAAAAUAGUGAAAAUGUUGAUAUUGUUACGGUGUAUGUAUUUUAAAAUUAAAAUUUUGUGAAAAACGUUAACGGUAACAGUUCGAUGUCAUAAUGGAUUAUUUCGUGCUGUAACGUAUUAUUAGACUGUAAAAUGAACCAGUUAAAUAAAUAUUUUGACGCAAUAAGUGUACGUGAAAGUCAACCAUCUCAAAAAGUCAAGAAGAAUAAGGAAUAAGAAAUUUUUAAAAAACUUGGGAACACAGGUCGUUUAAUCGUCCCUUUCAUCUGGUAAAAUUGAAUUUAAAUGAUAAUGAAGCUGACUAUGUUGUUCAUCAAUUUAACAAUACCAUGACUUCACGGAAAGGACGACAAUAUACAGUUAAGAGCAUUGUAAAAGUUGAAAAUCCCUUUUUAUUGGCACAGUACUAUUUGAGAAAAAAACAGUUAGGAAAAUCAGUGGAAGACUAUGAAAUGUAUCAUGGAACGGGAGGUGAAAGUCUAAUACCUAUAUGUACAAAUAAUUUUAACUGGCGUUUUUGUGGUGUUUCAUUUUCACCUAGAGCAGACUAUUCAAAGCAUUUCGUAACUGAAUUUUCAUUUCAUAUCUAUCCAAAACUGCAGAACUCUGGUCGCGGAUCUAUAAUAUUUUUUGCCAAUGUACUCAAAGGCAACACCCAUAUUGGAAAUAUGAAUACUGUAGUACCUAUUGAGGGGUUUGACACAACUGAUAAUUUUCAAAGCACAGUAUGUGUGAAAUACCAAGAUUUUGAAUUUUAUCCAAAAUAUGUUAUAUUAAUUCAUUAAUAUGUUAUUAUAUUGUUUCCUUUUCCAAAAAUAAUUUUAUUUUUUUGUUUGUUACGUGCCAAUACAAUAAAAAUCUUAUAAGAAUAAAGAUUAUUUAAAUUUGA